AUGUCAACAUCAACAAUCACCACCACCGCCGCCCCAGCUGCGCCUCUCCAGCUGUCCACUGCGCCAAAGCCCGCGGUGAACAAUGCUCUCAACUGGGACGUAUCAGAUGGUACAGCUCCAUCGAGCUUGCACGUAGUACCAAAGUUCGAAGACAAGUACGAGGAGCGCAAAUGGGCGAAACAACACAUGGCCGCAGCCUUCCGGACGUUUGCAAGACUCGGAUGGGCGGACGGUGCAUCUGGUCACAUCAGCCUCCGUGACCCAGUGCACCCUGAGCUGUUUUGGAUCAACCCAUACGCCAAACAUUUCGCUCUGAUGAAAGCCAGUGAUCUUGUACUCAUCAACCAUGAGGGCACUCCCAUGGAGCCGACGAAGCACAAGGUCAAUGCUGCCGGGUUCAUCAUCCACAGCUCCAUCCACCGAGCGAGACCAGACCUGAAUGCCAUCUGCCACAUGCAUUCGCCUUUUGGCCGAGCGUGGUCAUGUUUUGGUCGAGGCCUGGAGAUGUUGAACCAAGGCACGUACUCUCCACCUCAACUCCCGCCUGUAGCUGACCAGCAGUAA